GACCAGAAUUUUGGUGCCCUUUGGUGCCCAAAAUUCAAGGUAUUUUUGUUUCAUAAUAGGAGAGAAAUUAUGUUUACUAGGUAAAUGAAUUAACGAUUCUUAGUUGCACACGUAUGAUGAUAAACAGAUAGCAUGAAGAAUAGAUUACCUUGCUGGUAUAGAAGAUGUGAAAAGUUUAUAUAUUCAGGUACCAUCCUGACAAGAAUGCAAAUGACCCUAAAGCUGCUGAUAUGUUUAAGGAGAUCACAUAUUCAUAUAAUAUAUUAUCUGAUCCCGAUGAAAGGAACCAGUAUGAUAGUUCUGGUUUUUGAGGUUGGUGAUGCGAACAAAGAUCACGCAUGUUGGGAAGGACCCGAAGUCAUGGAUACACAAAGAACCGUUAUAAAAAUCGACCGAAACAACCCCGGAACUGAAGUUGCAGCUGAAACAGCUGCUGCUCUUGCUUCUGCAAGUUUGAUUUUUGUGUGUUUUUUUAUAAUGCAGGUGGAUUUAGUAGGUUGGUACUAUGAUGCCGGUGAUAAUAUUAAGUUUGGGUUUCCUAUGGCGUUCAUCACCACAAUGCCGUCGUGGAGUGUGCUUGAAUUCGGUGGUGUGAUGAAAAGUGAGCUGGGUAAUGCCAAAACCGCUAUUCGGUGGGCCGCUGUUUUCGGUAAAGUGUACCCUGAUCCAGUUAGGAUUGUUGCCAUUGGCCGACAAGUGGACGAAUUAUUGGUCGAUCCUGAAAAUGAACAAUGGUCGUCGAUAUCUGCAGAACUUUGUGGCGGGACCCCUAUUUCAAAUACACGCGAGGCGAAAGCGUUUGCACUCUUGUCUGAAGAGGGAAUUGCUAAGGGGAUUAGACGAGUUACUGUCGUAACAACCGACUAUGCUUUUGAAGCUAUUAAAAAGGCGUCUGAGCAUGAGCUGGAAGUUGAUCUCGCAUCUAAACUGGAAGGAAGCCUGCUUGAACAGGUGUGGGUGAGAAUGAGAAUGUUGACUUUUGGUCAAAUUUCACUUAUACAGGUCCCUUUGACUGCUUUGGGUGAGAUGUUUGAAGCUGCAACAAGUAUUAGGAGUUGGCUGCUGAGGUAAGAGAGGUAAG